UCUCGAUUCAAACGAGCAGAGGUGGACUCUCUGGCGGGCUUCAGGACGGAAAAGGCCGAACAGACCGUCCCUUACGGGCUGCUGAAGGCAGCCAGGAAAAGCGGCCAGCUCAACCUGUCUGGUCGAGGUCUGACAGAAGCAGCAGCAACAUCGUUAUUUUGGACUUGUUUUGAGUCAACUAGUGCAUCAAUCCUGUGGGACCCUUUUCUUAGUCUUCAAAGGACAUCUACGUAAAAGGUAACGUUCAAGCUUAUACACGAAAUAUGCGUUAGCGAGUAGCGUAGUAGGUAAUAUAUCGUUAGCGUAACAUGUAGUAGCGAAGCUCCAUAGGGAAGGGUACAAUAAGUGGGCGGUACAGAAAGUGACGGUGAAGCGGUUAAAGCGAACGCAGCAGCAAAGGUGCAGCGGGAAAGAUUAGCAGUAAGUUGGUAGAAAAUGUACACUGUGGCAGUUAAUAAAUGCUUUAGCAAACAGUCUUAUGUUGUUUUACCAACUGCUGGAAUAGUAAUGGGUCUAGUCCUAGUAGCAAAGAAAGGCAAACGUUAACAGUUAGCCUUUAGCUGCUAAGUAGUGUUAGCUACAUUGAUAGAUUAUGGAGAAGCUGGCAUCACAGAUCGAUGAGUGGGACCGCUCUAUCCUGGCCUCAGUAAACUGGCUGCCAUUGUCCUCACAGUAGCGGUGUCCGGUGUAAACUGAGAGCAAGAUUUUUUUCCACAUUGAAUAGGACUGACCUGAGGAACAGACUACAGGGAGAGCAUCUGGCCACUUGCAUGCGUGUGAGCAUCAAAGGUCCCCCCACUGCUGAAUUCCACUACAGAAGAGUUCUGGAGCUUUAUACAAAAAGCCAGGGGAAAAAAAAAUGUUGGAUUCCCUCAGAACGUGUAUCGUCUGAACAGUGACACACCAGAGGAGGCCCAGCAGAAUGUGUCCUUUGGAGAGUCAGAUCACUGGUGGGAGCAGACUGACCUCACCAAAAUGUUGCUUUCAUCCAAUCAGCUUACACAUUUGUCUGAUGACAUAAGAUUACUGCCUGCACUCACUACACUGGAUCUCCAUAACAACCAGCUGAGCAAUUUGCCAAGUGCUUUGGGAGAACUGCAGGAGCUCCAGCAACUGCGACUCAGUCAUAACCAGUUGAAAUCACUGCCAGUGGAGGUGUGUACUUUAAGGAAUCUCCGUAGCCUCACACUACAGCAGAACCUGCUGGAGAGCCUGCCAGAGGAACUGGGACAACUGGAGAACCUAACCGACCUGGAUCUAUCUAACAACCAUCUGAAGACUGUGCCCUCCAGCCUGAGCUGUCUCACCUGUCUGCAGAAUCUGAAUCUGUCUUACAACAAGAUCAGCUGUCUGCCUGACAACCUGGGCCAGCUCACAAAUGUUAAGCUGUUGGACUGCAGCAAUAAUCAGCUAACUGACAUUCCUGCAAGCCUAUCACAGAUGCUUGCUAUGGAGCAGCUCUACCUCAGACACAACAAGCUCUGUCUCCUUCCAAAGCUCCCUGCACCCAUGCUCAAGGAUUUGUAUCUUGGGAACAACCAGAUUGAGCAGUUGGAGACGGAGCAGCUGGCAUGCCUGACAGCUAUCUCUCUUCUAGAACUCCGAGACAAUAAGAUCAAAAGCCUCCCUGAACAGAUUACCUUACUGAGCACACUUGCACGCCUUGACCUUACCAACAAUGACAUUUCCACUCUUCCAGCAUCUCUCAGCCUGCUGCCCAAUCUGAAAGUGUUACUGUUGGAGGGAAACCCUCUGCGAGGGAUCAGGAGAGAUCUGCUCACUAAAGGAACCAAUGAGCUCCUGAAAUAUCUAAGAGGAAGACUUAAAGAGGACCCUGAGAGAGCAGAUGAAGGACAUACAGCCAUGACAUUACCCAGCCAGGCCAGGGUCAAUUUACAUCACAUUAAAACUCUUAAGUUAUUGGAGUACAGUGAGAAGCAGGUGUCUAAUAUUCCAGAUGAGGUGUUUGAUGCUGCAGCAGAUCAAGGUGUUACCACUGUUAACUUCAGCAAGAACCAGCUGACCUCCAUACCUUCCAGACUGGUGGAGUUCCAGUCCUCGAUGUCAGAUGUCAAUCUGGGUUUCAACAGACUGACCUGCUGUUCUCCUGACAUCUGCAAGUUACUGCAGCUGACACACAUUGACCUUGGAAAUAACCCGCUGAGUGAUUACCACCGAAUGAAUGAUGACCUUAACUAAACUAGCUCCAUUUCCUCAAUUACAACAGGUUCAAGUUCUUCCCUGAAGUCCUCUAUCAGAUUGUUUCUUUGGAGACUCUGUUGAUUGGUAAUAACCAAGUGAAUGGGGUGGCCCAGGUCGUCUGAUCAAGUUGGUUCAUCUGUCAACACUGGAUCUGUCCAACAAUGACCUGCUGAAC